GGUUCCCCUGUGUUUUGUGCAUCUUUUGUUACCAUGUACAGUUAUCUUCCAACCUGAUUUUACAGAGGGGAUUUUUACCUUUUCUUUUUUUUUAAUAAAAAUUCUUCUUUUAAGAACUGACUGAUUUUCUUUCAGUGUCCAAAGACUUAGGGGUUUGGGUCUGUGAUCACUUUGUAACCAAUUGGUUCGGAGAUUAUUCUCAAGCCUCCCCAGGAAAGGGUGUGGAAGGGCUUGGGGGGAUAUUUUGGGGGAACAGGAACUCCAACUGGUCCUUUCCCUAAUUCUUUGUCUAAAUCACUUGGUGGUGGCAGCGUACUGUUUGAAGACAAGGUGGAAUUUGUGCCUUGGAAAAGUAAGCUUCAGGGGUCUUGCAUGUGGGUCGCCACAUCUGUACCCUAGAGUUCAGAGUGCGGAAGGAGCCCUGGCAGCCUUAAAGAUAAGAAGGGGCUGGACUCAACACUGUUCAUGAAACAGGAAUUCCUCCAAGAACCCAACCCACCCAGCGACUCAGCAGUGCAGGUGCAAUGUAAGCUGCUGCUGAAGAUGCGAACUUGCUCCUUACCUAUGUUGAAGGCCUUGGCCAGUGCAAUAAUAUUUGCAGUCAUUCUCUGGAACCUGAAUUUCCUUGGCUACCAAUCUGAGGUCCCUGGCCCAACCCUGGGGCACAGCAAACCCCUGACAGUCCUGAUCUGGCACUGGCCCUUCCACCACACACAGAACCUCAGCACUGACAUUUGCGCAGACCGCUACAAGAUCAAGGGCUGCCAGCUGACGGGGGACCACAGAUUCUUUAACCAGGCAGAUGUCGUGGUGUUCCAUCACCGGGAGCUGCAGCAGGGCAAGGUAAGACUCCCAACAGAAAGGAGGCCUCCUGGACAAAACUGGGUGUGGGUUACCCUGGAGUCCCCCACCAACACUAAGGCACUGACUGGCUGGAACCAAACCUUCAACUGGGUCAUGACAUACAGACAAGACUCGGACAUCUUCAUGCCAUAUGGGGAGCUUGUGCGCCAUCCAUCAGCCAGCGUGGACAUUCCAACCAAAACCGGCUUGGUGUCCUGGGUCAUCAGUAACUACCACCGGACUCAGAAGAGAGUGCAGGUCUACAGAGAGCUGUCCAGACACCUCCAACUGAACGUAUAUGGGAAAGCAAACAAGAAGCCACUGUGCCCAGACUGCCUCUUGCCGACCACCUCCAGGUACAAGUUCUACCUGGCCUUUGAGAACUCCAUCCACAAGGACUACAUCACUGAGAAGCUGUGGAGGAAUGCGCUGCUGGCCAGCACUGUGCCGGUGGUGCUGGGGCCCCCCCGAGCCAACUACGAGAAGUUCAUCCCUGCAGACUCAUUCAUCCACACCGACGACUUCAGCUCCAUGAAGGAGCUGGCCAGCUUCUUGAAGACCAUGAAUUCCAGCCGUUACAGGGCAUUCUUCGAGUGGAGGAAGAGGUAUGGGGUGAAGCUCUACACAGACUGGCAAGAACGGUUCUGCACCAUCUGCACCAGGUACCCCCGCCUGGCCCAGGGGCAAAUCUACCCUGACCUGGCGAGCUGGUUCAGUGCUUGAGAAGAUAGGGCUGGGCCAAGCUGAGGCUUUUCAGAGAUGUGUGACUUGUACAGAGAAGCCAGGCUGUCUGCGUCAGCGGAAAAGGAUGUCCGUGAGGGCUGGCUCGUUUUGAGUCAAGUGGCUGGUGGAGUGACUGAGGGCACUGAGCAGGACCUGGGUCUGGGAGCCAGGAGCUCUGAGUACCAGUCCCAGCUCUGACACAGACGUGCCGAGACCUGGUGCAUGUCGCUGGUACUCAGCUUCCCCAUCUAUAAAGGCUCGUACACUUUCCUACCUCACAGGGGUGUUGUGAGGACUAACCGGUGCCUUGGAAAUAGACGGUGCUAAGUAAGGAGCGCUGAGCCUGCAGUUCAGCAGGUGGGCAGGUUCUGCACUGGCAAGGGCAGGGCAGUGAGCGUUGCUGGGCUGGGAAAUUAGGAUUUGCCAGCCCUUGUCUAGGGAAUGCCAAAGAAAUGGCUAGUUGCUCCCCUUUGCCCCCUCAGGAAUAAAUGGGGCAGAGGAGCGAGGUCGGGGGGGAGGGGUAAAUGUGACCCCCUGCUCUGCAUUACUGUAUUGCAGUGCUAGGGUGGGGCAGAUGGGGAGGGGCACCAGCAAGGAUAGUGAGAUCAAUGAACUCUCUCUGGGGUUCAAAUACCCUUCAGAUGCCAGCCAGACCUUGAGCUGCAGAAGGAAGGCCAGUCUCAUAGAACAUCAGGGUUGGAAGGGACCUCAGGAGAUCAUCUAGUCCAACCCUCUGCUCAAAGCAGGACCAAUCCCCAAUUUUUGCCCCAGAUCCCUAAAUGGCCCCCUCAAGGAUUGAACUCACAAGCUUGGGUUUAGCAGGCCAAUGCUCAAACCACUGAGCUACCCCUCCCCCCAGUCUCUUCCUUGCACUCUCCUCUCUGGGAGGUGCUCAGAUGCCCCCCUGGGUAACAGGCACCCAUGUAAGAAACUGGAUUGAUAGAAGAGGAAGGGGCUCCAAUUUGGCUGUCCCUGCUGUGUGGUCCAUUUCCUCCCCGUGCUGGAGCCCCUGCCAUUCAGGCAGUGGCAAGAGCAAAGGCGCCAGUCCGAAAGAGGUUUCCUGUCUUGCUUCUGCUUAGUCAGUCCCCGGUGCACUGCUUGGGGGGCACCCACUGAGCCGGGGUGGUGGGUGCUGGCAAGGCACAAUGCUUUCUCAAGAACAAUCACAGCCCGUUCAGUGCUGGGGACGAGUCAUAGGGGGAUGGCUGUGGUUUCUCACUCCUUUCUCGUAUUCUUCGUAUCUCUGGCAGGAAGCCGUUGAGUCUGGUUUCGCUCUGAUGUGAGGCUCCCUGCAGCAGGUACGGCCUGCCCAAGCCCUGUAUGCACCCAGGGAAGGAGUCACUCUACGGGAGGUGUCAUGCAAAGGAGCCGCAAGCAGCAGAUGCCCCCAGGCAACGAGUAUAGCCCCUACUCGCCCCGACCUCCCGCCCAGGGGUCAGCUUUGGUUAGUUUAGUACAAUAGUAGGGUUACCAGAUAGCAACUGUGAAAAAACAGGACAGGGGUAGGGGUAAUAGGCGCCCAUAUAAGAAAAAGUCCCCAAAAAUGGGACUGCCCCUUUAAUAACGGGACAGAUGGUCACCCUAGACAACAAAGGAAAAUAUGGCUGAGAUUUUCAAAGCCGCCUGAUUUGAAUACUGCGUUCCCAUUACGUUUCCACACGCCCCUGCCUCAGUCGGCGCACAGGACAGAUGGCUCUCAGCAAACGAGCAGCUACUCAGCGUUGCAUUUUACCCUCAUUCAGCAUGAGGUCUGGUGUGAUACUUUCAAUGGAAUAAAAGGGCCCAGAGAGGCAAAGGUGUCAACCAGACUCUGUCCCUGCACGACACUAGACCGGUAAACGCAGUUUGGGUUUGAGUACACAGACGCAUGGCAACAGACACCACUAAAAGCACCUUCUAUUUAAGACAGAGCAAAAGGAAAGCCAGUUAAAGCCUUGGAAAUGUGAAGUACUCCGUAAGGCUUUCAUUGUAGGAGUAGCCAGAAGGUUCUCAAACUUUUCGUGCUGUGACCCCCUUUGAAAAUAUUUCAGGCUGUGACAACCCUCCACCCCAAAAAGUGAUGAGCCCUCCACCAUCCCAUGCUGCCCUUAUUUCUGCACUGCUGUGGCAGCAAUGCUGUGGUCAGAGCUGGGUGCGCGGCCAGCCGCAGCCACUCUCACAACCCCGCAACAACAGUCUUGCAACCCCUGUUGGGUCAGGACCCCCACUUUGAGAAACUCUGUUUGUGGAGCAUUUUCACCAGGAAACUCCCUCCUCCCCCGGGCUGACAGUUUUGGAGACUGGAUUAAAGAUGGUAAUUUACGCUCCUCUUUGGGGGGAAAAAAGAAGUUAGUGGAGAUAGGCAGGGGCUGCUGGUGGUAAAGUUUGAUUCCGCCUCCUUUAAGGAAAAAGGAAACAAACACACACAGCAAAGGGACAGGGCAGAAAAGAACAGCAAAGACAGAAAACGCAGCUUCUCCGGUGCCAACUCUCACUUGCAAACUCACGGCUGGAGAAACACAGGCCCAGUACUAUCUUUCUGCCACUCCAAGCCCCAGCACGCUGGUACCAGCGACAGGCUGGUUAGGGCAAUGCUUUCAGCUGCCUCUCAGGUCACAGGCUCACAGCAGUUUGCAAAAGAGACAGCCUCAGCCCCGCCAAGUUGGACUUAUUAGACAGCAGGCAACAAGGAGAGUGCUAGGACAGAGAGGUAAUAAGGUGAGGAAGGAAAGGGACACAAGGGAGGGGCUGCUAAUGGGAACCCAAGUCUUAACUUUCAGGUGGCAUUUGUCAGGACAGCCCUGGGGCUGGCUGAGGCGGACACAGGCUGGGGCAGGCUGGCAGAACUGGCUGGCAGCUAGGAAGGUAGCAAUAUGGAUUAGGAGCCUAUAUACCUGCCUCGCGAUCACCUGGUUAGGCCCUCGCUUGUGGAUUGGCUGGGACCUGGUUGACUGGCAUGGGUCUACCAUAGGGCUUGCAGGUAACAGAUGAUUCACCAGCUCUGGCUAAGGAAUGACUCGUCACAGUGUCCAGGAUUUAGCCAGAGCCAGAGGAGGUGGUGAUGUCAACAGGUCCUUCUCUCUGGCCGGGUCUGGUCAGGCUAGCAAAGGCCCAGUGGUGUCACGGUGGCUCCUGGGGUUCCAGGAGACCAUGCAGGUGGCAGCUGUGAUGGUGAAGCUUGCUCCUUUCAGCCCACCCAUCUCUCAGCCAUUUGAUCCUUUCCCCAGAGUUGUUUGUUUUUUUAAAGCACCCCAAAAGGGGGUGAUGGGCAGCAUGGCCCUUUCCCUCAUUAUUUUGUCCACCAAUUAGGCUCCAGCUUUCGCCCAUUAAUUUCUGGUUCCAUUCUUACCAGGCAUGGCUUUAACACAGUCCGCAAGUGGGAUCGGGGGAGCUUUCAUUUGGACUAAACCACUUUUCGUCUUAACUUCUGCUGCCUUUUAUAUGCAAUUUUGUGUAACAGGCUGAGUUGGACUUUUGCUGGCUUGGGCGGCUUAGAGCAGGAUGGAGGGCUUCGCAACAGGCCACAGGCCUUAUUUCCUGCGCACUCUUCAAACCCUGCUCUGAAGACAGAAUUAUUACAUUUCCUUAGGGGCUUUUCUAAGGCUCCCAUGGCAAAAGCACAGUGCUUCACAGACAUUAGUGCAUUUCCCUUCCCAAGGCUCCUGUUAGGGGAGGGAGCUGUUGCCUGAACUGAGGCACAAUGAGAGAUGAUGGUCAGAAGUUUCUACUAAUUUGGGUGCCCAAGCUGAGACACCUGGGGCCUGGCUUUUCGGCAUAUUUAGCACUUCUAUAGCACUUCAGAUGGGCAAAGCACAGCUCCUGGUGACUUCAGCUGCCACUGAGCGGGGUCAGCACUUCUGCAGUCGCACCCCAGGGUCUCGAGGCAGGCAUCCGGAAAAUGAGCAACACACAAUUAGUCACCACCUGUGAAAAGUUUUGUGGCACUGACUUGCUCAGCGUCACACAGAGCCUUUGUGGCAGAGAAAGGGAUGGAAUCCAGUUCUCCAGGCCGGCGAUCAGCUGCCUUACGCAUGAGACCGUCCUUUCUCUCCCUGCAAUGCCCUGUCUGAUUCUCUACAUGCUGUCCAAUUUCUGCAACAAAUGAGAAAGGGCUCCUAGGUCCAACAGGCUCCUUCAUCCGCAGAGGAGCACCCAUCUUGUGCACUGAAUGAGGCAGAGGUCCUGUGGAAAAAUAAUGUGUGAGGAAGUCAUUCAGGACUCUCUCAGAAUGCCUGUGCACACGGGAAACGAAGGAAGGUUGCACAAGUAAUCUUCACUAACUUUUGAGUGCCUGAUUUAUUUAUUUUUUGAAUAUAGGCAAAGCCAUGUAUUUUUGUCCCUAAUCUCAUUCUCAGACAGGGCUGAAACCCUUGUUAGCUGACAGUUUCCAAAAAUAUUCAUGCUGAAACAGACACCUGGUAAAUAUCAGCUCAAAUGGUUAGCGUUGGGCAUAGUUAUAAGCAACGAAAACAGGUCCUUAGAAUGGGAAGUGUUAGGCACCCCAGAGACAACAGGCAGUGCUACCAGCUCCUCUUAUAAUAUUGCAAAAUUGGGUGGGAUCCCUCAAACAAAUACAGUUCAGUACAGGGACACUGUGAUCAUGGAGACACACUCCUUGGAUUUACGGUUGUCUGGGAGGGAGUGGGAUCUAGUGUUACAGCAAGAGGCUCGGCAUCAAAACAUGUUCGCUUGACUUCUGGCACAGGCAGGAAAUGUGAUCCACUUAUGGGCUCUGUGCCUCAAUUUCCCUUUGUGUAAAACAGUGACAGCACCAGCCCUAUAGCCCCAAGUGCUGGGAGGCUGGACUCAUUAAUGCUUGUAAAUGCUCCAAAAUGCUCAGAUGAAAGUUAUGUAAACUGGCUAGGCCUAUAUUACUGUGACAGUGAUGCUGUAGGGCAGAUGCUUCCUACAUUGUCAGGGUUUGUUCUGUCAAUGGAGUUAAUCCAACCACAGCUGGGUCAAUGGAAGAAUUGAUAACUGGGGCUAGAGUGGAGGAUAGGUCGCCCUAACACUGUCGCACAGGGCGUGACAUUUUUCACCGCUCCGGGCAAUGGAGUGAGAUCGAGCUAAUUUUUAGGUGUAGACCACACCAGGAGUUUGCCCUUCUAAAUUAUACCUAAGAAAAUGGGGCAGGGGGUGGGGUUUUAGGUAUUGUCUGAAGCUUCCCCACAGACCAGCAAGAAGCAUAUUUCACUGCGAUGUUCCAUGUCCCCUCACUCUGACCAGCUCGUGGGCUGCUCUAGCCCCUUCGAGUGCGUCUACGCUGCAGCUGGGAGGUGCGAUUCCCAGCCCGGGUGGGCAGACUGGUGCUGGCUCUGCUCCAGCUGGCGGGCUCAAGAUAGCAGGGUGGCUGGCAGCUUGGGCUAGCUCCCUAAGUACGGACCCUGGGGGACUUGGAUCUGGGCAGCUGGCUUGAGUAGCUGCCGGUGCAGCCACACUGCUCACUAGCUCAAGCUAGCGCAUGUCUGGCCACCCGUGCUGGGAAUCACCACGCCCAGUUGCGGUGUGGGGGCUAUAACAGCCUAUGAGCCCGUGAGCCUGAGGGGACACGUAACAUCACAGGUAAAUAUAUUCUCAGUGCUCUGGGAGGUGACAAAUGUCUCGAGGGAGGCUGCUGUGCUUAUCACAGGAGAGGAGUUUUAUUCUUUAUCAUCGUCUGCUGGGCUUCUCCUCUUUCAGAUCACACACAAGGCGUCAGGUGAGACUAAAUCAGCCGCCUUUCUUAUCACAACCGAUACACACCCAGUCUGGGACAGGAAUCACACCCUCCACCCCACGGAAGGUUAGUACCGUUAGCCUGAGCCCUCCCCUCACGGCCCCAUCAAGUGGCCUUUGGGCUGCCGUUGUCACCACCGCUGCUGGGGUUGUCUCUCACACCUAGUCAGAAUCAGACCCUUGGGUCAGCAGGCAGGCUGCUUUUGCCUUGAAAGGAAAUAGUGACUCACGCAGAAGGCAUUCUCGGGGCGUGUAAGCCACGGUUGCAUUCACAACCAACCCCAACACUCAUCAGGAACUGAAACCAACACCACUCACACCCAAACCAGGUAGACCUAGCCCAACCACGGCAUACAGGGGGACGGGGAAUCUGAAAGGUAUUCAGACAUCGCACCACCCGGCUUUAUCUCAGAGCAUCCAUGCUACCAUCAGUAACAGUCCAUACAAGCGCUUGCUAGGAAGGGAACCCAAGCCAGGAACAGAACCAUACCCCCAGUGGGCUGAUACAUCAGGGAUUGAACUAGUCUGGGGCCCUCCAGAGCUAAAAGUACACGCUACUACAGCUUGAGCGAACGCUCCCUAGGUAGAGCUGUGCCAGCCUCGGUCCUCGGUGCAUGAAGCACCGGAGAGCUGUCACGCUCCCCAGUGAGCUAUGCACGCGCCAGCAAGCCAACGUGCCCUUCACAAUCAGUCUUCUCUGGAAAGGACUUUGUCAAUGAGGCACGAAGGGGUCGAUUUUUAAACAAGUUCAAAGGACCCUGAGCGUUCCCAUCAGCUGCCAGGGCUCAGGGCCUCUGAAAGGGAACUGGACGUCACAUCCAAGGCAUGGGCUAUGCAAUGCCUUGGCAGGCACAGAACCUGCAGCUUCUGGCACGCAAAGCCAGGAUCAAACUUAAGGCGAGAUCUGGUGCCCUAAGGGACAUCGGAUGAUGGUCAGUGCACGGCAAGCCCAGCCCUUGUGUGGCAGAAUCAGGCCCCCCUGUAUUUUACCAGCUCACAGUGGCUUUUCCCUAGCAACACCAGCGUCUCUUCUUCACCUCAGGGCGGGGCAGCUUUCCCCCUCCCAGUCUGAGCUGCUGCCAGACUGCAGUGGGGACGAAUCAGCCUUCUAACCUCAGAGCGGCCCAGCUUUGUCCUUCCUGUUUGUGCAAUGUGAGCUGGCACACAGCAGCCUCUGCCAGCCGGGUCCUGCUAAGUGUCUCUCUGUUGGGGCUGCCAGCUCCUGGGAGACGCCAGCCGCCCGGCCACAGCAGCCUUCCACAGGCAGGGCCAUCAGCGCCUACAGCCUCUUCUUCUCCCCGGAGACGGGGUGGGGCUGGGGUGACGCUGCUGUGUGCUGGCUAAGGGGGCUGACUCCCACCCCAAAUGUGUACACGUGGGUCAGAAGGCAAGGCUGCCCUCACUGCCCCUGCCAGCUGCAAACACCUACAGGCUGCCAGACCCUGGGGGCUUCAGGCACCAGGUGGGAUUCACACACAAGUGCAGCCGAUGGGGAGCAGGGGUCUAAACCACCUUGGCACCCUAUUGCCAACCCCAGGCGAUCAGAAAUCAUGACUCUGCCCCCCAAUCGCCAUGAGGGUUUUUAGAAAGGGUUACAUUGCCUUUUGGGGGGCGGUCUUUUGAGUUCUGAACUUCCCCACUCAUCCCAAGCGCGUGUGUGUAUGAGGGGGCUUAGCCUACAAAAUCCCCCUCCUCCCAGCCGCCAGAGCUAUGCCAGUAAAAGCCCUUGUGGGGCUGCAGUUACAUCAGCAAAGGGCCUUUUGCUGUUUUACUUUAUGCCGUCCAGGAAAGGGGUGUAGCUAUUCGGGUAUAACUCCGUUUGUCGGUGUGUAAGCGGGGGAAUAGUCCCGCUAUUGUGGGGAACUUUCCUGGCUUCUGCACUACCCCGGUGAAGUGGGCUAGCGAAAGGAUCUGAGUCCUUGCUCCCACUUCC